CAAAUCUUUGCCGACUCCCAACUCUCUCUCCCAUUUCAACGAACCCCUUACCAACGCCCCCAACAGCCUUCUUCUUCUUCUCUCUCCUGACCCAUCAGAACAUAUAACCCAAUCCCCCCUUUUUUUUGAAACAGCAACACAUAACCCAUUACUAUUCAGCUCUAUCACGGAUUUGUGGAUGGACGAAAACACUGAAUCCCAAACUGGACCUGUGCCCUUCGACGUUGACACUAUCCAACCGCGGCUCCAAGCCCUAAUCGAAGGAUCCGGAGAGAACUGGACCUACGCUAUCUUCUGGCAAUCCAAAAGCGACUCUUCUCUGGGUUGGGGCGAUGGGUACUACCACGGGGAAGAAGAAAAAAAAUUGCGGAAGAAGGCGGCGUCGCCGAACUCGAGGGAAGAACAAGCCCACCGGAUAAAAGUUAUCCGCGAGCUGUACGCUCUGAUUGCCGGCUCCGAUGAGGACGACGGCGCCGCCGCGGUCGAGGAAGUCACCGAUACCGAGUGGUUCUUCCUCGUAUCGAUGACUCAGUCGUUUCGUUUCGGGUCCGGGCUCCCUGGUCAAGCCCUUUUAAGUUCUCGCCCGAUUUGGGUCGCCGGAGCCCAGCUCGCGGCUUAUCCCUGCGAGAGAGCUCGACAGAGUCAAGUAUUCGGGAUACGGACCAUAGUUACGAUACCCACCGCGUACGGCGUCGUUGAACUUGGUUCUACCCAAUUUUCAACCAGUUCGAAAUUUGCGUUGUUGGAGCGCGUUAAGCAGCUAAUGUCCGGGAUCGAUGGGCUAAAUGUGAGUUCCCCGUCUAAUUCACUCUUCACGAUGGACGAAAUUCAGGAAUUUCUUAGAACUCCGUCACCUCCGCCUAUUAAUCAGACCAACGAGCUCAACGUGGGAGUGUGGCAGGGAGACGGUGGCGAAUGUGUGGCCGAGGACGCAGCCUUAGCUCAUGAUCGAGCCUUAUUCAUGUUGAGGGGAGACAAGGCUCCCCUCAAUUUCCCACAACUCUUGGAACAUAUAAAAACAGCAGAGCCCACGAUGGCUCAACAAGAGAAACCAGAUGAGAAUUCUGGAUUGGGGAAUGAUGAAGUGGAGACUUUUGGAACGGGGGCCGAGGGAACAGGGGAAGGCGAAAUGGUAGAGGGUCAGUCGAACUCUGGGUGUUUGGGAAAUGGGAAAAGGAAGGGAAAGACCCCAAGAGGAGAGAGAGGAAACAAUACAACCACUGGAGUUAAAAUUGUGAUUCCUUGGGAAGCUAUCUUACAACGUAAAGGAAUGAGACUUAUAGAUGCUGCAAAGAAACUAAAUGUUAGCCGAUCUACACUGAAACGUGUUUGUCGAGAGUAUGGUAUCGACAGAUGGCCGCCUCGCAAGAAACACAAGCUUAUCAAUCAAUCUCAACCCGACGAAAUUCCCGGAGUUGUUGAUCAAGAGCGAAUCUCACAAUUGAAUUCUGAUACGCUGCUGCCUUCUAAUCAAAUCUCGGCUACUGUUGACAAAAAUAGUGUGACUGUGAAGGCAAGAUAUGGAAAGUUAACAAUAAAGUUUCAACUCUCUUGGCCAUGGGAAAUGAUGGAGCUAGAACGACAAGUGAAACAGAGGCUAAAACUCGAGGCUGAAACUUAUUACAUCAAUUACAAAGAUGAGGACAAUGAGUUGAUUUUAAUAGCUUGCGAUGAGGAUUUACAAAAUUACAUCUCCAGUUCUAGCCUCCUGGUCACCAAUUUGAUUGAGGUAUUUCUUGAGCCAAAGUAAUCAGAUGAAUUUUGUGUUGACGAACGUUAUUCCUUUAGCAUUUACCCUUCUUAUAUUUUUCAGUGUGAAAUUUGGACGUCCCCACAAGAGAAGUCCAUUUAGAGAUUGGUAUUUGAGUUGCGAUUGGUAUGGUUAAAAAAAUUUAGUGCUUCAAAUGGUGUAUUUCACAUUGUGUUCUCUGAGUUUUGGAAUUUUUCAAUUUUGUUGAGCUUUGUUUGUGAUGAAGAAAGGUAAAGAAGAAAAGGAAAGGGGACAAAGUUAACUUUUCCCAACCCAGGAAGAGUUCAUUUUUAAUUUGGAUCAUUGAUUGUCGAAAUGGACGGUUCGAAUUCCAUGAGAAUCCUCACACGAUCCUCACAAGGCCGAAUACUUUGUCUUGUAAUAGGAUUCUCCACUCACAUAGUUCGUGAAUCCCACCGUAAUGCCGGAUCCAAAAGUUGUGUGAUUAUGGAGUCUUUUCGACCUUGUUCAGGGCAAUGGUAAAAUUGUACUAGUAGGAAAUCACAUACAUGUACUACUUUGACGCUUAUUACCAUGGCGUAUCAUUCCGGUGCAAGGAAUAGGAUCGGUAACAUAUAUGUUACACCACAUGAUUACUCAAGAAUAACAUUAUUACAAUUCCUGGAUAGGUCUUAAAAUUAUGCAACAUUAAGGUGUUUGGUAACUUUUUUAUUUUCAGUUUUUGAUUUUGAUUUUCAUUUUUUUGAAAACUACGUAGUAAAAGAGAAAACUUGUUUGGUAAUAUAUUUUUACUUUUUUGUUUUUAAGAAACCUUUUUAGAAUUUCUGGAAAUUGUGAAAACUAGAAAAUAGAGUUUGAGAAAAAAUUCUUUACACCGUCGGUAUAAACAUUUGUUUCCUCCAAAUUAAUUGCAUUGCGACACGUGUCAAAACAGUGGUCCCAAUUAAUAAAAUAUGAUGAUGUGGCGCAAUACAAUUGAUUUAAAGGAAAUAAAUAUUUACACCGGCGGUGUAAAAAAUUUAUUCUCAUAGAGUUUUACACAGUUUUCAAAACAUAAAUUAUUUCAUCCCGUUCCCAUUUUUUUUUGGGAAGCCUCCUGUCCCGAUCGUUUCUUCUUCUCCGUACGCUACUCCCUCCCUCUCUCUCUCUCUCUCCUUCCUGGAGCUACGGCGGCUGCGGCGCCGUCUUCUCCCCGGCAUCUCAGCGUUACAGCAAUCGGAAGAAACGCAAACGACUUGAUCGUCUGGGAAUGACGAUUCGGAUACCGACGGCGACUGCAACAAAAUUAGUACUGCGAACCAAUAGAUAAGGGGCAAAUCUGCAGUUUAAGUGUCAAAUCCUAAAACCUUACAGCUAACCCAGUGAAUACCGAGAGAAAUUGGUGCUCCCUAAGUAUAUUAACUCAUCAAUAUAUUUAGGGAGGUGAGUUCCGAACUACCUUUCAUCCGGCGAAACAUGGUUCGGAGAGAUUUCAGGACGGGUCGGAGCGCCGGUGGGGCUUGGUGGUGGGAGGUGAUUUCGGCCAGAGAGUGUUCCGUGGAGGAGGAUGGAGGUGGUGACGCUGAUCGGCGGUGGUGCGGACCGGAGGUUGUGCCGGUCCCCCCUCUCUCUCUCUCUCUCUCUCCUCUGCCGUGUGAUGCUGGGAAAC